AUUAAAUGGCUGUGGAUACUAAGUAUGCGUUAUUACACAUAUGAAUUACUGACAGCAAAGAAGCGAUUUCACAAUAGUAAAGUGUUUCAGAAAACCCAGGGUUGAAAAAUCUUGCAGUGAUAUAUAAGGAAGGAAACUGACUGAGAGAAAUACAGAACAAGCAAGAACCCUGUUGAAAACAACAGCAAGAUGCUCAGAAAGACUGUCACUGAAAGCUUUGGAGCAACUAUUGAAGGCUUGAAGUCUUCACACCUGACUGAAACUGUUGUUGAGAGAAGCAAGAGGAUGAUUCUGGAUACACUCGGAGUGGGACUGCUUGGCACCAACACCAGUGUAUUCAAAAAAAUCCUACAAUACAGCAAAGUAUACAAUGCUCGGAAGGCCAGCACAGUUUGGGGAAAUUCAAGUAUCUCUCUUCUACCUCAGUAUGCUGCUUUUGUCAACGGAGUUGCAGUUCACUCCAUGGACUUUGAUGACACAUGGUAUCCUGCCACUCACCCUUCCGGAGCUGUUCUGCCUGCAGUACUGGCUUUAGCAGAAGCACUACCUCAGCAAAGCAAGCCUUCCGGAAUGGAUCUGCUCCUGGCCUUCAAUGUUGGCAUUGAAGUGCAAGGACGAUUAAUGAGAUUCUCCAGAGAAGCCAGCAACAUUCCCAAAAGAUUUCACCCUCCAGCUGUGGUUGGUACCAUGGGCAGUGCUGCAGCCACAUCUAAACUUCUCCACAUGGGGUCUGCCCAGUGUAGGGAGGCCCUGGCUAUAGCUGCUUCAUAUUCUGGGGCUCCCAUGGCAAACGCAGCAACACAGACCAAACCCCUUCACAUUGGCAACGCUGCCAGGAGAGGAUUGGAAGCAUCUUAUUUGGCUCUCUUGGGGCUUGAAGGCAAUAAGAAUAUUCUUGACAUGAAGUCUGGGUUUGGUGCUUUCUACACUGAUUACACACCUGACAUGCUCCCAGGCCUGGGCUCCUAUAGGUGGGUACUGGAGGACCAGGAUGUGGCAAUCAAGCGUUUCCCAGCACACUUGGGAAUGCACUGGGUGGCAGACGCAGCCACAGUCCUGAGGAUGAAACUGUUGGAGAAAAAUCUUCCCCUGGCCAAAAUUAAAAAAGUGGUGCUGAAAGUGCCAGAUGCCAGGUAUGUAAAUCGGCCCUUCCCUGCCUCAGAGCACGAAGCUCGGCACUCCUUUCAGUUUAACGCCUGCACAGCUCUAGUAGAUGGAAGCAUUUCAGAGGAGUCCUUCAGCGAUCUAAAACUGCACAGGCAAGCGAUCCGAGAUUUGCUUGAGAAGGUUCACAUAGAGAACCCACACGACAACCACUCUAAUUUUGACACAAUGUACUGUGAGGUAGGUGUGGAGAUACACACUGGAGAGACCAUCUCUGCGCGCUGCAACACAUUUUAUGGGCAUUGGAGGGAGCCACUGAGCCAGUAUGACCUGCUGAAGAAGUUUAAAGCCAACGCAUCCACUGUUUUGUCAAUGGAAGCAGUACAGGGUAUUAUAGAUACAGUGGAUAACUUAGAGAAGGUAACAGACUGCACAGUGUUAAGUUCAUACCUCAAAGUGAAAGAGAAACCAAACUAAGCAAUGAAUAUAUCUCACAGAUUAACUUUAGUUUUGUUCACUUUAAGGAAGAUAGGUUUGAUGGGCGAACAAAACUGACAAGUGUAAACCAGAAUCUUUUUUACCCAAUGUGCUUUAUUUUACUGAGUUAACCUCCCUGUCCAGACAAGUGGAGUUCCCCAUUUGCACAAUGUAUCAUACAUUGAAGGAUAAAAAUAUUCUACAGCGUAAGGAAUGUUGAAUUUAAGUUAACUGACAAAUAAUAUACAGCAGGUCAAGUACCACGGUAUGCAUUGAAGUUUUGUUUGUAUGCAUCAAAAAGGAGAACCAUUUAAACCAACAAAUGUAAUCAUUUUAUCCUGCAUUUCCGCUUUAUGUUAACAAAAGACAAAUAAUUCACACGAUACCUUGUAUGUAAAACAUGUGUGUGUAAAAAAAUGUAUACAUGUCUGAAAAUCUGUUAAUGAAAGCAUAGAAAACAUAAAAUAUAUGUAACACAUAAUAAUGCAGUAUAUGGUGUGGUGUAAGUCCUCAAUAUUUCUGACCUGUAUGCAUCCAGUUCAACAACAAUUAAAGUAGAAUUUUCUCCUAUUCCAAAACAAGAUCUUAUACUGGGUACAGAACAGA